UAUCAACUACGCCCGUAUUCAGUAAGGAGCCGCCAUCGUCCCAGACUGGAGGCAAUGGACGGGUCCAGCUGUCCCAGUGGUCGCUUUCCCGUUUAGCUCGGGUGUUUAUGGGUGCUUCUACGUGGUUCUAAUGCAAACUGUAGUGGCCGCAGAACCGAGCUCCGUAGUCCACGGGUGCCUGCAGGGUCCAUGUGGUCCAAGCUUUGUCUUGGUUCUAUGCCGGUGGGAGCUUUCGCCCCAUUUCACAGGCGAGGCCACUACGGCCCACGGUAGGCCCCGGCCCUUAAGCGAUCGACCUCGGACUGUAAAGCCUGCCGCAGGGACGGAACGCGCGGAGGACUUCAGCGAAAGCUCGACCUACUGCAGCGAACAUUUGCGUAAUGGAUGUCCUCAGCCUUCUGAUUAGGAGAAUGAUAUUUCCCCCGUUCUACAGAUAAGGCAGCUGCAGCUCCUGGAGGGCCAGAGCCUCGGCGGUGCCUCCCAGCGGGUUUUUUGGCAACCAGCUCCUCGGGUUCUAGCGUGAACCCUGGGCCCCGCGGGCCACCCCAACCAGGUGGCGGCCGGCAGAGGGCGCUGCCGGGGCAUGGCCGAGGAGCGGCCAGGAACCUGGUACGGCUUUGGCUUCUGCGGCUUCGGGCAGGCCUUGGGCUCGGGGCGCGGGCGCCAGGUGCACAGCCCCGAGCCUCUGUGGACGCCCGUGGCGGGCGUGGACAUCUGCCGCGUGAGCGCCAGCUGGAGCUACACAGCCUGCUUGACCCGUGGAGGCCGCCUGGAGCUGUCGGGCUCGGCGAGCGGCGCGGUGGGCGGCUGCAGGGACGCGUGGGCGUCCGAGGCUCUCCUCGUGUUGCUGCGCUCUCGGCCGGGGCCCGGGGCGGAACUGCAGGGCUGGGCGCCCGGCUCGGUGCUGCGCGGGGAGCCUCUCUGGUCCCAGACCGUGGAGUCCGAAGCCGCCGGAGAACACGGAUCGGGUGGUGAAGCCGGGGCCCGGGCGCUGCCCCUGCUGCCCAGCGCCAGCGCCUAUGUGAGCCCACGGCCGCCCUUCUGCCGGCCCCUGGCUCCCGGGUUCCGGGCGCGCCGGCUGGAGCUGGGCGCCGAGCAUGUGUUACUGCUGGAUGCUGCGGGCCAGGUGUUCUCCUGGGGCGGCGGCAGGCAUGGACAGCUGGGCCACGGGACCCUGGAGGCAGAGCUGGAGCCCAGGCUGCUGGAAGCACUGCAGGGCCUGCCCAUGGCUGAGGUGGCGGCAGGUGGCUGGCACUCUGUGUGUGUGAGUGAGACUGGGGAUCUUUACGUCUGGGGCUGGAAUGAAUCAGGGCAGCUGGCCCUGCCCACCAGGGGUCUGGCAGAGGAUGGGAAGCCAGUCGGAGGGGAAGCCACUGGGCUGCCUGAGGAGGGUUCGGAAGUGCGGGCAGCUGGGGGUGAGGAUGGAGCCCCCACCCCAUUCAUAGCCGUCCAGCCCUUCCCAGCCCUACUGGAUCUCCCCCAGGGCUCAGAGGCAGCCCACGCCAGCUGUGGAUCCCGGCACACAGCUGUGGUGACACGAACAGGGGAGCUCUACACCUGGGGCUGGGGUAAAUACGGACAGCUUGGCCACAAGGACACUACCAGCUUGGAUCACCCCUGUCGCGUGGAAUUCUUCAGAGAUAAGCAACUCCCAGUAGAGGCUGUGACCUGUGGCCCCUGGAACACCUACGUGUAUACCGUCGAGAGACGGAAGAGCUGAUCAAACCUCUUUCUGUAUCAGGAUGGCUAAACCUCAGUUAACCCGAGAAUAAGUUUGAGUGAACUGUAUGUAUAUCUAUUUCUUUUUAAUUAUAAAAUAUGUAGAAAAGUAUAUAAAAUAAAUGUACAGCAUAUUAAAUAAUUGUAAGUGAACACCGCUGAAAUUCUCUUGGGCCAAGGAGAAAGUGUUGCCAGCACCUCAGUGUCCCUCCCUAUCACAGCCCUCUCCCUUCACCUCAGGUCAGGGCAGCAUCCUCAACUUUGCACGUUAGAAAUACCUGGAGAGCUUAGGGAUGUGCCCAAGGCCAGCAACCCAGACACAAUCAAAGCAGAGCCCUUGGGGGUGGGACCUCGACAGCAGUAGGUGAUUCUUGUGCAGCUGAGAUAGGGAGCCCCUGGAGGUUAUCAUC